CUAGAUGCAAGUCUGUUUAAUCAAAGUUGGUUGAAUUUCAGAUUGACAUCUGUAACUGAUUUUGUUCUUAGUGUCCUUAAUUUUUUGUUGAGGCUUAUUUUUGGUGACGAUUUAUUUUUCAAUUUACAAAAUCGGGGAAAUUAUCGAUAUUUGACAAGAUUGUGUUAGAAAAUGGCAAAUCAAUCGGUCGUUGUGAUGGAGAAGCCACUCCCCCAUUUGGGCUUGGCUGAUUGGCAUGCCCGCCUGACUCAAUUGAGGAACAUAGCCGAUGAGAGGCGGAGUCAAGCUUUUGAGCUUCGUCACACAUCACGCAGUUUAAGGAGCGAGACUCGUAUACAGUCAGAAUGGGAUGCUCAUAGUAACAAUGCACUACUGAUUGAUAGGAUUGCUGAACUCGAACGAUGGAGAUACACCGUCCAGGCUUGUCUGGAUCGCAUUGAACGCGAAAUGAAACUACUUCGUGACGAAAAAGCCAUCACCGAAAGGGAGUUGGAAAACUUCGUGACAUCUUUGCUGGUUGUGUCGGAAUGUCUGACGAUGCGGGACUGCCGGUUAGGUGCCGAACUCACUUACGAUGAGGGUGAUACCGAGUUGAAGAAAGAAUUGUGUGUUGUUGAGAAUAGCCAACGUUUAUUGAGGGAUCAAUGUCAGGCAGCUUGGGAGAAGUUGAAUCGUUUGGAAGAAGUGAGAUUUAAAUUGGGCUUGGAAAUAGCUAAUAAGAAAGAAGCAGAAGAUAUAGAUACAGCACAAGUGAAUUUAACACGUGAAAACGGUGAAUUGUCUUUCAAGCCAGAUGCAACAAGGAUCCCGAAAGAUUCCUGUACUUAUGAAGCAUGGCUAGAGCACACAAAAAAUAUCAAACAAAUGGCUGAUAAUGAACAUCAAGAUACCUACGCCAUCCGGGAGUCCUUGUUUGUAUGUCGCGAAAAAGCUCGUAAUGUCGUGAAGGCUCAACAGGACCGAACAGAGCACAUAAUUCGCAAGAGGAUUUUCGAAACAAAACGUGCUAAAAACGAGCUAGAAUGGCAACUUAAAAAGAUGCGAGAAGAAAUGGAAAAGUGCCUUCAAGAAAUAGCAACGCUGGUGGAGGCUCUUGAAGACAAAACCAACUUACUGAAAUUAGCUGAAACUCGUCUCGAAAAUAGGACGCAACGUGCCGGAAUGGAAUUAUGUUGCGAUGAGGUCUAUCAAGGCCUUUGUAAUGAAGUAUAUCAGCUACGUAACACCCAAAAGGCGUUAAGGGAGAAAAUCAAUUGUGCAAAAACAACCUACAAUGCCCUUGAAGACCACGAAAAAAAGAUCGAAACUGACCUUCGCAAUAAGGAGCAUUCACUUAUGGUAGAUGUGCACGGUUUAGAUUUGCGGGCACGCUUGAAAGCUGGCGAAUUGAAGCAGACUCAAACCGACAGAAAUAUAGAAUUGACUAAAAUGGAAAAUCAGAUUCCUCCUACAUAGAAAUGAAUAAGUUGUUCUCACAAUGCGAAAAAAAUGAAUAUUUCCAAUUUUAUGAUAUGUAUUUGUUUUGUGGUAAUAAAAUUUAGUAGAAGUGAA